UCUGUCUCUCCUCCCCUUCUCUCCUUCUUUCUCUGUUUUCCUCCAGAGACUUGCAGUUUUUUGACCACACUGUUCUUACCUACUGGCCCACCACCCCAUUCACACGCUAAGAGAGAAGCACAGGAGAACCAUGUCUCCUCUACGUGUUCCCCUACUGGCCAUACUGGUCAGUGUGGCCCUGUGCCAGUAUUAUGACUAUGAAUACGCGCCUGCUGCUCCACCAGAGCCCCCAAGGCCCCGGUGUCACCAAGAGUGUGACUGCCCGUUCACUUUCCCCACUGCCAUGUACUGUGACAGCCGCAACCUCAAGUACGUUCCCAUAGUUCCAACAGGAAUCAAGUACCUUUACCUCCAGAACAACCAGAUCGAAGAGAUCAAGGCCGGAGUGUUCGAUAACGUUACUGCUGACCUCCGCUGGCUGGUGCUUGAUCACAACCAGCUCACCAAUGGUAAGAUAGAGAAGGGAACCAUCGACAAGCUCAGUGCUCUGGAGAAACUGUUCUUCAGCUACAACAACAUCACGGAGCCCAUCAUCCCUUCUUCAAAGUCCCUAGAUGAGAUUAGGAUGACACAUAACAAGUUGACAAAAUUCCCUUCAGGACUCCUGUCUGACAAGGAAAAUCUGACCACCGUCAAUGUUCAGAACAAUCAGCUCACCUCAGAAUCCAUCUCCGGUGCCUUCAAAGGGUCCAAGAAGCUGCUGUCCCUGGAUGUGAGCCACAACAAGUUGAAGAAGCUGCCGGCCGGUGUCCCCAGCUCACUUGAAGUCCUGUAUGCUGACUAUAAUGACAUUGACAGCAUUGGGUCUGGAUACCUGAACAAGCUGCCUGCCCUGCAGUACCUGAGGAUCUCCCACAACAAGCUGGUGGACUCAGGAAUCCCUGCCGGAGUUUUCAAUGUGUCGUCGCUGGUGGAGUUGGACUUGUCCUUCAACAAGCUGCAGUCCAUCCCUGAGAUUAAUGAGCAGCUGGAGCAACUCUACCUCCAGGCCAACGAGAUCAGCAAGAUCAACCUGGCGAGUUUCUGCAAGUACAUCACACCCAUGAGCUUCUCCCAUCUGAGACACCUGCGCCUGGACGGCAACAACGUCACACAUAACAGCUUCCCCGUCAACUACUCCGAGUGUCUGCGCGUAGCCUCAGACAUCAUGUUUGAAUAAGGACGUCCCGUACGCCACACGACACCCAAAAAGGCCUUGCGGAAUCCCGUAUCCUAGCGAUUUUGAUAGAGAUCCAUUGAUAAUGUCAUCUGGAAUAUAUGUGAAACUGGAUUAAAUCGGAAACAGAUGAAAAUGGGAAAAACACAAGUCAAAUUUUACGUUUGUCUAUAAAUAUGAAUAGCCAAAUUGUAGAGAAAAAAAAGAUACAAACUUUAACUGAUCAGGUUAACGAACGAAAAACGUAAAGUGAUAUGAAUUUAAGAAAGAAAAGAAAAGCUUUAAGUGCUUUGAUUCAACACACACUAGAAACAUUCCUGACUAGUAUUAGAAGAAGUAGUAUACAGAUCUUAUGGAGAGGCCGAGAGCUUAAGUUCUCCAGUGUCUGACUUUAGUUGUAGUGUCCGUCUGUCGUCCGUCUUUUGUGUUCAGUGUAAGGCAUGUGUAAUAUAAUGUGGGUACAGUAAGUCGUCCGUUGCUGCGCAAAGGAUCAGCAAGUGAGGAUUGUGGGAAGUUAACCGUCUACGUACCCAUUACGUUUGGAUCUCUUAAAAAUAGACUGAAUGAAAUCUGAAGAAAUUUUAUACAGUUGGUCAACAUGUACCAUAAAUUAAAAUAAAUAUAAAUUCAACAUCCUUUAUUGACGGCAUGUUUUUGAAAGGAUGAAAUGUAAAGACGCCAUUUAAAGAAAAAGUUAAAAAAAACAUUUUCUCUUCCUCAUGGCUUCACAGUACCAUCGAGGGUUGAGAUCAAAUUGUAAAAUAGCAGUUACAUUGCAGUCUAAUUUGUCAGUAUCUUAACGUGUGUUUAUAUCUUGUUUCUGUUAUAUUUUUUUUUAACCUACUUUAUAUCUAACGUCUUAAAGCAAGUAUGACAUGAUGUCCCACCGUUUGACGUCUUUUUGAUAGAAAUAUACGUUGGUACUGAUAAACACCUGGAACCCAACGUUAUGAAAUCAUGAAAGAAUGUUUCUUCAUUUUUUUUAAUUAUUAUUAUUUUUUUCACUUGCUGUAUUUGUAAACUUUUCCAUUACCUACUUGCAUGCAUCCAAUGGUACCAUUCUUUUAUAAUAAAGUACAGCUUUUGCAGUUAAGGUGCUUUCAUUGGUACGUUGUUGCUCACGUGUUCUUCCUGGAUCUACAGUGUGUGUGUUUUUUUGUUUGUUUUCAUUUUUUCCUUCUGUUUUUUUAGAAUAUCUCCCGUUAUUGUUUAGGUUUUUAUUUGUCAUUUUAAAGUGAUUUCCUGUUUGGCCUUUGACUCAGUAACUGCUCUUGGAUCUACUGUGGGGAAACCAAAAACAACAGUUGAAUAAACUAUGUUUUCAAAG